CAGAAGGAAGCAGAGCACAGUCCACCGGCUCAUCUCAGUAUGUGGCAGAGAACUACGUGGUGUUGAAGGAGGACGAGAAAAAACAGACGGUGGUCGGCAAAUCUCAGGGUCGCCAAAUUGCCCGUUCCUGGACGAAUUAAACGGGAGGCUCUUCAUAUUUAUGAUCCCCGGUUGUACACAUCUUAGAACUGCCCGUCCUCCACCUCCAACCCCAAGAGGCGAAGUGUCAGGAUCCACGUAGAAGUGAAGCCCCCAUGGCUCCAGAAUUCUGUGCGUCACUUUGGUGAGCGUGGGGCCGUCAGAGGGCAGAAGACAUGUUGGGACAGAGGGCUGGGCACCGCAUUGAAGCUUGCUGUAGUAACCAUGGAAACGGUGUGGAGGAGUUUGGCCUUCGUUGGCAUCAUCGCCAUGGUUGCCCGUGGAGUGGCAGAAAGUUGGAGUCCUGAGGAGUUUGCUCAGUCUCAAGCUGAGUUUCUGUCCAGCUUGGGCCAGUAUGAGAUCGCCAUCCCAGUGCGUGUGGGGCCACAUGGGGAAACACUAUCGGAAGAGGAGACCUCUCACAGGAAUGGCCGACACCGGCGUAGCACGGAAACGCCAAGCGUUCCAGAGCCGCAGCUGUACUAUCAACUCUCCACAUCGAGUGCUGACCUUUUGCUCAACCUCACACUGCAGGGAGGACUGCUCUCGCGACAGUUCCGUGUAGAAUACUGGAAGAGGGGGCGCUUGGCUUGGAGUCACCCAUACUUGCCCAGCUGCCACUAUGUGGGACACCUGCAGCACCAGCCUCACUCUAGUUCUGUGGUUCUUAGCAACUGUAAUGGCCUGCAAGGGGUCAUUGUGGCUGGAGGUGAGGAGUACCUUAUCGAACCCUUGGUUUCUGCUAAAAACAUCACUAAUGAGGAUGGCAGAGAAGGGCACCCCCAUGUGGUGUACAAACGGUCAUCUCUAAGAUACCAAAACAUGGACCAGUCCUGUGGAGUCAUUGAUGAGAAGCCUGGUAAGAGCUAUGGAUGGUGGCAGAGAACAAUAAAGCCCUCACCCAACCAGAUGGGACGGGGCCAGUUACCACUGAAGCGUUCUGUCAGUCGAGAGCGCUACGUCGAAACCCUCGUGGUGGCCGACAAGAUGAUGGUCAGCUAUCACGGCCGUCGCGAUAUCGAACAGUACAUUCUGGCUGUCAUGAAUAUUGUUGCCAAACUGUUCCAGGAUUCUAGCCUGGGGAAUGCAGUGAACAUCGUUGUGACGAGGCUUAUUCUACUGAUGGAAGACCAGCCCACACUAGAGGUAAACCAUCACGCAGGGAAGUCUUUAGACAGUUUCUGCAAGUGGCAAAAGUCCAUCCUGCACCGGAACGGACAUGGGAAUGCCAUCCCUGACAAUGGAAUCGCUCACCAUGAUACAGCAGUCCUCAUCACCAGGUAUGACAUCUGCAUCUACAAGAACAAACCCUGUGGAACACUUGGAUUGGCACCUGUUGGCGGUAUGUGUGAGCCAGAGAGAAGCUGUAGCAUCAAUGAAGACAUUGGUCUGGCCACUGCUUUCACCAUUGCACACGAGAUAGGACACACGUUUGGGAUGAAUCAUGAUGGUGUUGGCAAUGCAUGUGGGGUGCGCAGUCAGGAGACUGCUAAACUCAUGGCUGCCCACAUCACCAUGAAGACUAACCCUUUCGUCUGGUCUGCCUGCAGCCGCGAUUACAUCACCAACUUCCUCGACUCUGGCAUGGGUUCCUGCCUGAACAAUGUUCCCCCCAAGCAGGAAUUUGUUUACCCCACCACAGCCCCUGGCCAAGCCUAUGAUGCAGACGAACAGUGCCGCUUUCAGUAUGGAGUGAAGUCUCGUCAGUGUAAAUACGGGGAAGUGUGCAGUGAGCUUUGGUGCAUGAGUAAAGGGAAUCGCUGCAUCACCAGUAGUAUCCCAGCCGCCGAGGGCACCAUCUGUCAGACCAGCACCAUCGAAAAAGGGUGGUGCUACAAAAGAAUGUGUGUGCCAUAUGGAACACGUCCGGAGGGGGUAGAUGGUGGGUGGGGCCAUUGGUCGCCAUGGGAGGAGUGUAGUCGCACCUGUGGGGGCGGAGUCUCGUCCUCUAUUCGCCAUUGUGACAGCCCCAGGCCAACAGUUGGAGGAAAAUAUUGUCUGGGAGAGAGGAAGCGUUUUAGAUCCUGCAACAUUGAUGAGUGCCCGGCCGGAUCUCAGGAUUUUCGGGAGAUUCAGUGCUCGGACUUUGACAGUGUUCCCUUCCGGGGGAAAUUCUACACCUGGAAGCCGUACAGGGGCGGUGGAGUGAAGUCAUGCUCGCUGAACUGCCUGGCAGAGGGCUAUAACUUCUACACUGAGCGCGCUCCAGCUGUGGUGGACGGCACACCUUGCAGGGACGACUCUCUGGACGUUUGUGUUAAUGGCGAGUGUAAGCAUUGUACUCUUGCUGUGAAUAAAUGUAUGUGUGUCUGUGUGUGUUCUCUCUUAGGUUAUGAGGAGGUGGUCAGAAUCCCCAAAGGAUCAGUAUUCAUACACAUCCAAGAGCUCAAUGUCUCUCACAAUUACUUGGUGUUGAAGAGCAAAGGGGAUCAGUACUUCAUCAAUGGCAAGCUGACCAUUGACACGCCAAGACGCUUUGACAUUGCGGGAACCACCUUCCACUACCGGCGACCCGCCAAUGAACCAGAGACCCUGGAAGCACUUGGACCCACCAACAUGACCCUGAUCGUCAUGGUGUUGGUCCGUGAGGAAAAUCCUGGGAUCCAUUACCGUUUUAACUCACCUGUCAACAGAGAUCCCCUGAGCAGUUACGCCUGGCAUUAUACAUCCUGGUCCCGCUGCUCUGUGCUGUGUGCAGGAGGGGUUCAAGUCCAGCAGGUAGUGUGCAAGAAACAAGCUGAUCUCUCUGUGGUGUACAACCACUUCUGCGACAAGAAAAACAAGCCCAAAGACAAGAAAAGACCCUGCAACUUGGAGCCCUGCCCUCCAACGUGGUGGACAGGAGACUGGUCAGAUUGCAGUCGGAGCUGUAACGGAGGAGUGCGGACGCGGGAAGUGCUGUGUAAAAGAAAGAUCUCUGUAACAGAGGAGAAAGUCCUUGAUGACACGGCCUGCACCCCACCACGGCCUUCCGUCACCGAGCCCUGCAACAACCACACCUGCCCACCAGAAUGGCAUGCCCUGGACUGGUCUGAGUGUACUCCUAGCUGUGGUCCGGGUUACAGGAACAGAGUGAUUUUGUGCAGAAGUGGAGAGAACGGUGAAACGUUGCCAGAGUCAGAGUGCCCGAAACAAAGCCACCCGACCACCAGGGUGCGCUGCAACAUACAACGUUGUCCACCACCUCAGUGGGUUACAGGACCCUGGGGAGAGUGUUCGGCUUGGUGCGGUAUGGGUCAAGAGAUUCGUUUAAUGCAGUGUCUGACACACACUGGCCAGCCAUCUAAUGAGUGCCCAGAGACACAUCGUCCCGCCUCCAUGCAGCAGUGCAAGAGCAAGUGUGAUAAAAAUGGCCCUACAGAUAACCCUGAAGAGUGUAAAGAUGUGAACACAGUGGCAUACUGCCCCCUAGUGCUCAGGUUCAAAUUUUGCAACCGUGCAUACUUCAGACAGAUGUGCUGCAAAACCUGCCAAGGACACUGACCUCCCUCUCACUCGCUCUCUCACGCUCAAUGUCUCUCUCUCUUGCCCUCAUUUUCUUCCCUCUCCACCCUGCCGUCUUCUUGCAUGGCCAAAACCGCCCAUGCUCAGCAUUCCGCUGGAGGAGUGCUGUUAACCACUGGCAGACUGACAUCAUUGUGAGAGAAAGCACGGAAGAAAUGAGAGCGAGAGAGAGACUUGAAAAGAGAGAGAAAGAGAGAAAGUCUGUGCUGCUCUCUUUCUCUCCCUCCAACCAGCUGCUUUGGCACUGCUGCUGUGAAUACCAGUCUGCCCAAAAGACAUCCGUCAGUGUUUCUUUUGCUCUUCCAUGUGGUGCUUUCGGCCAUGUUUGGCAGUGUUUGUGAACUGUCACAGAUGUACUGCUAAAUCUCAGUGAAUAAUAGUUGUCUGUUAUUGUAAUGUGACCAUUUAAGUCAUUUAUUAUAGUCUCAAAGGUUCACUCAGUAAUUUUUUGUGUAGCGCUGGUCGUUUUGGACUUAUACUGACACCUAGUGUUGUGGAUGAAUCAUCAUGCACAGUUGUUUUCAGUUACCAAUGUAGAAAAGCACUACUGGUAGUCAGCCAUUAUUAAUUUAAUCCACAAACAAAAUUGUCCAAAAACAACCAGGUUACUGAGUUGAAAUGAGUAGUGUGGAGCUGGUCUUGUGAUCUCAAUAUGGCUGCUCCCAUGAGAGACCCACUCCAUGUAAAAUAAACCAACUCUUGUUA